UAAGUAACCUCAUAAAUUUGGUUUAUCGAUGUCGUCUUUAGGGAUGUAUUUUGCAGGGUCGUAUGGCCUCUUGCAAACACGUAGUGCGUAUAAUUUCUGUUCAUAAUUGGUACUUUCUAAACACAGUGUUGCAGUCGAAUAUGCUACUAUUUCUCCAAAUAGGUCAACAUAACCUAGGUUCGUCAUGUAAAUACGCGGCUGGGGUGGAAAAUAUUAUGGUCAAUGUUCGUUUAGGUAUGAACUAGAAUGGACACUUGUGGCUUCGGGUAUUAGAAACGAGUCCAAGUUGCGUAUGAUUAUUGUAAUAAAACUCAUUCAACAAAGUGGGUCUCAAACUGAUAUAGAAAAACAAUGACGGAGGUAAAGCUGAAACACGGGAUUGAAGAUAUGGAUGAGGACGUGCCUAAUCAAAAUAACAUACAAUAUGUGGAAGAGGAUGAAGACAUUGACGAUCCUGGAGAAGGGGACGGCGGACAGGAGCAAAUGCAUACAGUCGUUCAAGUGCUUCAGAAUAUACCCAUUCAUAACAUCUCGGACGAAACCCUAAUAGAAGACUACGUCAUUCAAAAUUCUGAUGGCAAUUUAACAUACAUCAUUCAAAAUGUGGAGUACGAAGAAGAAAUGGAAGAUGAUGCUGGCUUGGAUCAGGCUACCGAAAAUACCGAAGAAGACACUAAUGACAGUGUUCCAGACACUGGAGAUGAAUUGACAUUAGAUGAAGAAGUAGAGAGCAAUGAGGAAAAGAAAUUUGAUGAGGAAGAGUCUUACACUUCUUCAUGUGAUAUUUGUUUGAAACUUUUUAAAACUUCUGCGGCUUUGAAGAGACAUAUAACAGUAGCUCACUCAACAAACGAUAGUAACGACGAUCCUCUAACAUUCCAAUUGUGCGCUUGCUGCGGAGAACCAUCAGAUGCUGGUCAUACGAUUGGAGAUUUUAAGUGUGACAUAUGCAACAAACUUUUUAUACAACAAAACAAUCUAUCGCGUCACAAAAGUAUAGAACAUCCCAAGAAUAAUAGAUAUUUCUGCUGCGAAUGUAAUAAAGAAUGUGAAUCAUCAGCUCAACUGAUUGAUCACAUGCGUGUGCAUCCAAUAAAAAGUAUUAAAUGUCUGGGAUGCGACCGCGAGUUCACUAGAAAGUAUCAUCUGGAGCGGCAUUUGUAUCAUACUGGUUGCAUGGGUACAGAAAAGAGAGCUUUUGAAUGCAGAGUUUGUCAAAAAUUUUUUACUAGAAAAGACAAUUUAGCAGAGCAUCUCAGGGGACAUGCUGGCCAAAAGAACAAUCGAAAAUUAUUUAACUGCGAAUUUUGUGAGAAAACCUUCAAGGGUUUGCCUUUGCUGAAUAUUCACUUGAGGACCCAUACAGGUGAGAGGCCAUAUCCCUGUGAGUUUUGUGAAAAAAGAUUCGCCUCGAGCGGUGCCCAAAAGAAGCACCGCAGAAUUCACACAGGGGAGAAACCAUAUAAAUGCAUGGAGUGUCGUAAAACUUUCGCCGCCAAAGAAACACUCAACCGUCACACCCGUGUGCAUACUGGAGAAAAACCGCAUGUGUGCAAGUUUUGCGGAAAGGCUUUCAUUCAGCCGACGCAAUUACGUGCCCACAUCUUCCAUCAUACCGGGGAGAAUGCGUACACUUGUCCGCAUUGCGAUCGUGCAUUUAACCGCAAACUGCGUCUUACCACUCACAUUAAAUACGUACAUGAGGGUGCACGUCCCCUCGAAUGCAACCAAUGCAACAAGACGUUCUUCCGCAAAGAAGACCUCGCAAGGCAUAUUCUUAGCCACACUGGAGAAAAACCUUUUAGUUGUACCGAAUGCGGCAAAAACUUUGCGUCGAAGUCAUCGUUGAGGAUCCACAUGAAUACACAUCGAAAGGAAGUGCCUUGUAGUUGUGAUACAUGUGGCAGAGCUUUCAUUCGCCAAGAUUGCCUAAUGAGACACAUGAGGGCGAGGCAUAGGGAUGUUUUGGAAGAUAUUAUGGCCAAUGCUGAAAAGAAACGGUUACAACAACAAUUGUUGCAUGCUGCUACUGAAGCUGCAGCUAACAAUAAAGGAUUGAGUGAAAGUGUUAUCUGGAAUGAAUUAAGUUUAACUGAAUCUAUUAAGGAGUUACUGACUUUGUUGGUGGAUGAGGAUUGUUUAAAUGAAUUUGGAUAUCCUGAUGCACCAGUUGACAAAGUCUUGGAUUCAGUUAUAAAACGUUGUGGACACAAACCAGCAUCUGAGGAAGAUUUUGAUUAUAUUGGAAGGUUGAGAGAAAAUGCCAAAUUAUUAUUCACAGUAGUUAUUGAUGAUGACGCUGUAAAGCAGUUAUUGAAUAAUCAAACUGUAGAUGAAGUUAUUGUGCAUGUUUUGAGGUUGGCCAUGAAGCAAGAUGGGAAUACUGAAAACAAAAAUGAUGCUACAGAUGCUAUUGCAGAAGAACUUGAGACUACAACAAAUAUUAAACCGCAAACAUCUAAAAAUAAAACUUCAGACGCUUCAUAAACAUUAUAUACAUAUUCAUUAUAUUUACCACCAGUAACAAUAUUUUUUUUUCUGCACAAUUAGUAUAAAAAUAAGUGGCGAAUUUAUUGUUAAAGCUGUUAAUGUUAAAGCACAAAUAUUAAAAAAACUGCGUUUACCAAAAAUAUCCAUAUUCAUUAUUAAAUUAAUACAUAAUUUGAAAACAAAAUAAUUGUCAAACCGCAUUUAUUUGUUUUAGUUUAAGCAGUUUUUUAUAUUCAUUUAUUUGUUAAGUAAUUUACAAAAUCUAUUAUAUUAUUGUAAUUUUUUACUUUCGCUAGUAAUUAUGAAUUUGUAGAAUUUACUUUAUGCAUUAAGUAUUGAAUUUUAUAGUGGUAUACUUAUUGGAUAUGAUUAACUUGUAAUUGUAUUUUAAUGGUUUUUUAAAUUCAACAUUUAUUGUAAUUGUUAAGUAAUUAUUAUUUAAUAUAAGAAUAGUGUAUUUUAAUUUUUAUAGGUUUAUUAAUAUUAUGUAUUUUGUAAUAUAAUAUAUUUUUGAACAUUA